UGCAUUAAGCUGUGGGUCGGAGGGUUCUACGUUUGUUUUCACCGAACAUAGAUCUUGUUGGAACUAGGUCAAACUUUGAAAGGUGUCUGAAAACUGUUUGAUUCUUUGUCGAGUAUGUUGAAAUCGCAGUGGUUUGGCCGAUAAUCAAACUUCUGAUAAUCAGUGAUGCGUGGUUGGCUGUGUGGGUGAUUUGGGUGAAAGCACACACAGUACGUACCAGGGGUGUAGGGAGCGAACCUACAGCUGGUGCUUUCUUUUGCCCACCAACAACUGAUCCAUAGUUGUUCACUUCUCAGCUGGCCCAGGCACGUCAAGCAGUUGAAUUAAACGCACGGAAGUCACGUCUAUUACGAGUUGUAAACAUGGUUGCCGAAGAAAUGAGAGUGUUCGGCGCUGCCGACUAUGCCGUAUUUGCGUGUGUUCUGUUAGUAUCUAGCGCUAUUGGUGUCUACCAUGCCCUGACCGGAGGAAAGCAGAAAACCACCAAGGAGUUUCUGAUGGCUGAUCGCAAUAUGAGUCCAAUUCCUGUUGCAGUGUCCCUAGUAGCCAGCUUCAUCUCGGCAAUAACCUUCCUGGGAACACCGGCAGAGAACUACACUCACGGCUGUAUGUUUUGGCUGUACGGAUUCGCCUACAUCGCUGCUGGGUUCUUUACGUCCAGGUGUUUCUUGCCAAUAUUUUUUAGGCUGGAUGUGACAAGCGCAUUUGAGUAUCUGGAGCUGAGGUUCAAUAAGGUCAUGCGAAUAUGUGGUAUGCUGACCUUCUUUCUACAAAUGGUCAUCUACAUGGGCAUUGUAAUCUAUGCGCCGGCUCUUGCUUUAAGUGCAGUUACUGGGCUGGAUCUGUGGGGUUCGGUCAUUGCCAUUGGACUUGUGUGUACAUUUUACACAACAAUUGGUGGAAUGAAAGCUGUGUUGUGGACUGAUGUGUUUCAAGUAACUAUCAUGAUGAGUGGUUUCCUUGCCCUUAUCAUUGCUGGCAGCAUUCGGGCUGGAGGCAUGGGAGAGGUCUGGUCAAUAGCCGAGAAAGGAGGACGCAUCGACUUCUUUAAUUUCGACCCAGAUCCUACAGUCCGUCACACCUUCUGGUCUGUAGUGGUUGGUGGCACUUUCACCUGGUCAGCCGUCUAUUGUGUCAACCAGGCACAGGUCCAACGCUACUUGACAUGCGGCAAAGAACCUGUGGCCCAAGUUGCCCUGUUGCUAGCUGUUAUUGGUAUGGUGGUAGUAGUUAGCCUUGCAUGCUUAGCUGGGCUAGUAAUGUAUGCUAACUAUGCUAACUGUGACCCACUUACACUUACAUCUGUGAAGUCAAGCGACCAGUUGAUUCCCUACUUUCUGAUGGACCUAUUUCACACCAGCCCUGGUCUACCAGGUCUAUUGGUUUCUGCUGUCUUCAGUGCUGCUCUUAGUACGGUAUCGUCUGGAUUGAACUCCUUAGCAGCAGUAACUGGUGAAGAUAUCGUCAAGACUAUCUGGCCAGACAUGGACGAGCUCAAAUACACCAAAGUCACAAAGUGCUUGGCUGCUACUUAUGGAAUUCUGUGUAUUGGAAUGGCAUUUGUGGCAUCAUUUCUUGGUGAUGUUCUCCAGGCAGCUCUGAGCAUCUUUGGAAUGAUUGGCGGACCUUUACUUGGACUCUUUAGCUUAGGAAUAUUCUUCCCUUGGGCCAAUUCAAAGGGUGCUUUAUUUGGACUGAUCUGUGGGUUGGCACUGUCCUUCUGGAUUGGGAUAGGUGCACAAGUAUACAAACCGUUUGUGCCCACGCCCGGUCUGAACGCCGACAAUUGCACUGCUUUAAAUGACACCAUGAUGACCACUGAGGACAUGAUGACCUCUCAGACCAUGAUGAUGAUGACGUCAUCGCUAGCUCCCACAGUAGAAGAGAGGCCAGCCAUCGCUGCGUUGUAUUCCGUGUCAUAUGCGUGGUAUAGUGCCAUCGCAUGGCUGACUGUCAUUAUUACCGGCCUGAUUGGCAGCUUUGCAACCGGUUAUACCAAACCAUCAGAGGUUGACCCCCGUCUGAUAUGUCCAGUGGUCGAUGCCAUGUAUUGCUGCCUGCCUGAAAAGUGGAAGGCUCCACUUCGAUGUGGGGUAGAGAAGCUCCAACCGGAUGAUGAUACUAAGGAGGGAGUUAAAGUCGUCAAUGCUGAGAAUGGGUUGGAGUUUAAAGCAGGGAGUGAGGUAAACCCGAACACUCAAUACAUGCAACCGCCGUAUCCAACGGAAAAAGAGUACAACACCAAGUUGUAAACAUCAGGUCGAACAAGAUAUUGAUGAUGUUUUGUGCAUUGCACAACAUACAUAUUGGUGGUUGGGCUACUUCAUCAGAUAAGAAAGUCCUGUAGUUUUAGUAACUAUAUAUGCUUCUAUCCGUUUAUGUUUUUGAAUUGUAUUAUGGGAAGAGGUGGUAGGUAAGCAUAAUUAUGACAACAUAAGUCAGAGUUACUGUUUUGUUACCAGGGAAAGCAUCUUAAAAUUGGGAUUUCUUUUAUUAAAAUAUUGGACGAAAAUUGUGUGAAACUUCCGGCGAAGCUUUUGAUAUACCUGCGUUGGUUCUAUUUCAACAAUAACAAGGAACCGAUUCCACCCUGUAUUUAAUGGCGAAUCGGUCUUUUAAGGUUGAGUAUUAUGUACUUAAACUAUUUUUCAUUCAAAUAGUGGUAUUGUGUCGCGUUCUACCCGGACCCGCUCCCCAUGUUAUUCAGCCUCGUUCGCAUGGGUUGAUCGAUCUCGCCCAAGGAUGCGUUGGAAUAAGUUCAUUAGUUUGCCAUAAUCUGGCACAUUUUUUAACUAGGCUCUAUCGACCACUAAGCAUGUUAACCGAGUCGUCACUAGUCAUCACGAGUAAAAGAAUAGCACUGGACCCCUCUAAUUAAAAUUUGAUCGGGUGAUAUGUAAAACUGAAUGCAGUUUCUGGUGACCAAGUAAAAUUGAGAUUAAUUUAAAAUGGAAUCGCGUGUACGGCACCUACAUGUAGCCCGAGCCCUAAAUGUAGCCUGACCUAAAUGUAGCCCAAACAUGUACCUAGAUGUAACCCGGACCUAAAUGUAGCUUCAAACAUGUCAUGUACCUACAUUUAGGGCUCGGGCUACAUUUAGGUGCCGCACAAUCGCAUCAGGAUUCUUGAAAUUUGACACGUAGGUGUGUAAAAGCAUUUUGAGCCCAAUUUUAUGAAGUCUGUGAGCACAAACCGUGCUUAGCACAUAAAUGCAUUGCUUUCAGAAAUGGGUUACCAGUCAAACUUGCAUUAAAAUAACAUUAUUGUGAUAGUUAUGCUUGAUAGUUUUAUGAUUGGCCCUGCAAGCAUUUAAAAUAUUGUUAACUAAGUGUUGUUCAGAGUAUAAUACUACUUUUGAUGAGACAAUCGGCGCUGUUUUUCAGAACAUCCUUUUCCAGGGGUCAGGGACAAGAUGAAUAAUUAGGAAAGCGACGUCACAAAACGAUGGCGACGUGCUGCAACGAUGUGAUAGUUCAACAAUUACUAGAAUCAGCUCAAAAAAGAAGAAAGAAAAUUAAUGCAGUAUAGACUUAGCUCAAA